UUUUGUGUACCAUAUUAUACCAUAGCACAACUCAUUUUCCAUAAACAAAACUCCUUCACAUCAUCGCCUCGCCACCGUCUGAUCGAUUGGCCAAGUUGCCUUUGUUGCCGUGUACUUUCCGGCAGGAUAACCGAUCUGCUUCUGCGCAGCUGGAUUCUAAUUUAAUUAGUUUCUGGCCAAGUAAUUUAUGUGCUUACUUAUAUAGCUUUCUUAUUUUUUUCGUUUUAGAUUGUGUGUGGUUAAUUUAGCUGGCUGGAAAGUUUGGGCUUAAUGCUUUUGGAGUUUAUACACUGGAUUUUGGAGGGGGGGAUAUAGGUGAUUUAAGGGGUACUGGCAUGUGGGUUGCGCUUAAUUGGAACCAUGGGUGUGUGUGUGUACUGUUUUUGGACUUCUGGGGAAGAACUGAAGCUGAUUAGGUGAUUUUUUUUCAUUUACAACUUUCUGGUGUUUAAUUGAAGCUCUGAUCUUGUAGGGGAGUGUGUUAAUUUUCUGGGAUUUUAUAUCACUGUUGGUUCAAUUUGUGAAUUUGGAUCUUUUGGAUAUCUGAGCUUGAACCAUGGAGGCUAGAUUUGGAGGUGAAGGUGAAGCUCAAGCUCAUCAUUUCUGUGGCAUGAGUGCCACAGAAAUGCGGGCAGUUGGAAAGAGAAGUUUAGAGUGGGAUUUGAAUGAUUGGAAAUGGGAUGGUGACCUUUUCAUUGCUAGCCCUUUGAAUCCAGUGCCCUCAGGUGGAAUGGGUAGGCAAUUUUUCCCUGUUGCAACAGGAAUUCCUGUGAAUGGGAAUUCGUCUAAUAGUUCAUCCUCAUGCUCUGAUGAAGUAAAUCUGGGAAUUGAGCAAGGAAAGAGGGAAUUAGAGAAAAGGAGAAGGGUUAUUGUCAUUGAAGAUGAUAAUUUGAAUGGUGAAGAAGUAGGUAGCCUUAGUUUGAAGCUUGGUGGCCAUGGUUAUCCAAUUACCCAAAGGGAGAUCAGAAGUUGGGAGGGAAACAGCGGAAAGAAGACCAAAUUGGCUGGGGGUAGCAUGAGCCGUGCAGUUUGUCAAGUGGAGGACUGUGGUGCUGAUCUGAGCAAUGCUAAGGAUUAUCAUAGACGGCAUAAGGUUUGUGAUCUGCAUUCCAAGGCCAGUAAGGCCCUUGUGGGAAAUGUAAUGCAGCGUUUCUGUCAGCAGUGUAGUAGGUUUCAUGUCCUUCAAGAGUUUGAUGAAGGGAAGAGAAGUUGCCGCAGACGUUUGGCUGGCCAUAACAAAAGGAGGAGGAAAACAAAUCCUGAAGCUGCUGGUAAUGGAAGUUCAUUGAAUGAUGACCAGACGACUAGUUAUCUAUUGAUAAGUCUCCUGAGAAUACUUUCUAACAUGCAUUCUAAUAGGUCAGACCAGGUGACAGACCAGGAUCUUUUAUCUCAUUUAUUAAAGAGCCUUGGAAGCCAUACUAUUGAACAUGGAGGAAGAAACAUAUCUGGGCUUUUGCAGGAAUCACGAGACUUGCUGAAUGAUGGAAAUUCAGAGCAAGUUGGACAUGCACAUGGUGCUAAUGGUGCAAAUAUGCAAACUUCUCCUGUGAAACCUAGCAUUCUGAACAACUAUCCAGCUUAUUCAGAAGUUCGAGACACCACUGUAGGACAGGUCAAGAUGAACAAUUUUGAUUUGAAUGACAUAUAUGUUGACUCAGAUGAUGGUGCUGAAGAUAUAGAGAGAUCACCAGUUGUUACAAACAUGAUGACUAGCUCCCUUGAUUGUCCUUCAUGGAUACAACAAGAUUCACAUCAAUCAAGUCCACCGCAGACAAGUAGAAAUUCAGAUUCAGCAUCUGCUCAGUCACCUUCAAGUUCUAGUGGAGAUGCUCAGAGUCGUACCGAUCGAAUUAUUUUCAAACUUUUUGGUAAAGAGCCUAAUGAUUUUCCUCUUGCCCUGCGAGCCCAGAUUCUGGACUGGCUGUCUCACAGUCCCACCGACAUUGAGAGCUACAUUAGACCUGGUUGUGUCAUUCUGACCAUUUAUCUUCGCCAAGCUGAUGCCACAUGGGAGGAACUGUGCUGUAAUCUUAGCUCCAGUUUGGGUAGGCUUCUAGAUGUAUCAGAUGAUGCUUUCUGGCGAACCGGAUGGGUCUAUAUUAAGGUGCAGCAUCAAGUAGCAUUUGUUUGCAAUGGUAAGGUUGUCGUGGAUACAUCCUUAUCUCUCAAAAGUAACAACUGUAGUCAAAUUUUAAGUGUCAAACCAAUUGCAAUAUCUGCAUCCGAAAAAGCUCAAUUUGUGAUUAAAGGAAUCAACCUGUCUCGGCCUACUACAAGAUUACUUUGUGCAGUAGAAGGAAAGUAUAUGUUUCAGAAAGAUACUGAAGAACUAAUGGGCAGGGUUGAUAACUUAAAGGGGCACAAGGAACUCCAGUGUGUUAACUUUUCUUGCUCUAUUCCCACGGUAUCUGGAAGAGGAUUCAUUGAGAUUGAAGAUCAUGGUUUCAGCAGUAGCUACUUUCCUUUUAUAGUUGCAGAGGACGAUGUUUGUUCAGAUAUCCGUAUGCUUGAGGGUGUGUUGGAGUUCGCUGAAACAGAUGCUGAUGGAAGUGGAAAAAUGGUAGCCAAAAAUCAAGCUAUGGAGUUCAUUCAUGAAAUAGGUUGGCUUCUUCAUAGAAGUCAAUUGAAGUCUAGAUUGGACCACUUGGAUCCUUACACAGACCUCUUUCCUUUAAAACGGUUCAAGUGGCUCAUGGAGUUCUCGAUGGACCAUGAAUGGUGCGCUGUAGUGAAAAAACUCUUGAAUAUUCUGCUCAAAGGUGUUGUUGGUACAGGAGAGCACUCAUCUCUAGACCUUGCAUUAUCAGAAAUGGGUCUUCUUCACCGAGCUGUGCGGAAGAAUUCUAGGUCUCUAGUGGAGCUUCUUUUAAGAUAUGCUCCUGAGAAAACAGUACCUGAAAACAAGUUACUGAUUGGUGGAAGCCAUGAGAGCAGCUUGUUUAGACCAGAUGCUACAGGACCUGCAGGUUUGACGCCUCUUCAUAUUGCAGCUGGUAAAGAUGGUUCUGAAGAUGUACUGGAUGUAUUAACUGAUGAUCCUGGAAUGGUGGGAAUUGAAGCAUGGAAGAGCGCCCGUGACAGCACUGGUUUCACACCUGAAGAUUAUGCUCGUUUGCGAGGCCACUACCUGUACAUCCACUUGGUACAGAAGAAAAUUAACAAAAGAUCAGCUGUGGGACACGUGGUGCUUGACAUUCCUGAGGCUCUAUCUGACUGCAGCACUAAGCAGAAGCAAAAUGAAGAGGUCAGUACCAGCUUUGAGAUUGCACAAACAGCGAAGAGACCCAUUCAGCGACCCUGCAAGCUUUGCCAUCAAAAGCUGGAUUAUGGAACGGCUGGCAGGUCAUUAUUAUACAGGCCUGCAAUGCUGUCAAUGGUGGCCAUUGCUGCAGUUUGUGUUUGUGUGGCUCUUUUAUUCAAGAGUUCUCCUGAAGUUGUGUACGUCUUCCGCCCCUUCAGGUGGGAAUUGUUGGACUAUGGAACAAGCUGAGGUCCUCACUAAAUCCCAAUUUGAUGGAUAAUAGGUGGUGUGCGCUUAUAGACUGUAAAGUCGAGAUUUCUUCCCGUGUAACCGUUGCUUUAGACAAGUUUCAGAUUCUGUACUGUACUGUACUGUGAUUGACAUGUAUUUAUUAACUGUUUAGUGUAAUAUUUUAACAGUGAUUUUAA